AUGAAGUCUCAUCAUCGCACAUCCUUCUGGUCCUUGGGCUCCCUGCAGUUCCUGGGGGCACCUCAGCAUUGCAGGCGUUUGAAGUCCCUUCAGUACCGCCAUAGCAGCGUGGUCAUGGUUAUACUCUCCAUCCUGGGAUUCAUGCUCUCCAUUGUCACGAUUGUCCUAAUCGUAACUUUUUGGGAAAACAGGAUCAAGCCUGCUGUGUGGCCAAACCUUCCUGAUCAUAAAAAAACGCUGGAGCAACUAUGCAAGAAGCCAAAAAAUAAUUUUGAUAUAAGCUUUAAUGCAGAGAGUUUUGGCUACGUUCAUAUCCACAAAGUGGAUGGCAUUCUUGCAAAAGCUGAACUGGAAAAUUUUCUGCAGCCGUCAGCUUCUCCAGAGACAAACCUUCCAGAAAAAUUUGGGAGCAGGUCAGACCUGAAGAUGAUCCCUGCGAUGACAGACAAAAGCAACCUAAACCCGCCAGUGACUUACGGAGGACUCUGGCCAGCUGAAGCCCUGCACAGGCUCCUGGGCACCGGUCAGUUCGCUGUCACCGAGGACAGCUGCGGCUCCAGCACGUACGAGGUGUGCCACAGCAACGGGGUGCCGCUGUGCACCGACGGUUUCACCCUUUCCUCCGCUCGUCCCCCGGACCCCUCUGGCCAGCCUGGACCAGAGCCCCUAAAUGGCGACGCUGCAUCCCAGAUGCUGCCUACCAGUGAAAUGAGGUCACCAAACGAUGAGGAAGCCUAUGUCACGAUGUCUAGCUUCUACAAAAUUCAGUAA